AUGUCUAGUUUGAAUAUCCCAAUAUACCUUGUGCUUUUCUUGAUUAGCCAAAGUAUUACCACAAUAUUAGCACUUGAUGACCAUUAUUGCUGCCCAAACACAACUACGUAUAACAAUAUAACAAACACCUCUUACAAUUCCAACCUCAAUUUGCUACUUUCAAAUCUUUCUUCUGCCUCUAGAGAACAUCUUUUUUACAAUUUCUCCAUCGAUGGCACCGAUAAUUUCGAAACAAUUUACGGUCUUUUCAUUUGUCGAGGUGAUAUGUUAAGCGUAAAUUGUCAAGAUUUUGUAACAAGAGCUGUUAAAGACAUAAUCUUGUCAUGCCCCGGUAGCAAAACGGCUGUAUUAUGGUGGGAUGAUUGCAUGUUACGUUACUCGAAUCAAUCAAUAUUCCCCGAUCCAAACUAUGGAUCCAUAAUUAACAAUCCAUCGACACCUUUUGUCAUAUAUAACACUAUUACAAUUACCAAUAAUGAACAAAGAAGGUUCAAACAGAUUUUAGGGAAAAUUAUGGAUGACGUAACAACUCGGGCUGCUAGUGAUGAUCGAUCGAUAGACAGGAAAAUUGCAAUUAGGGAAGCUAAGUUCAGUGUUAACACAACAAUUUAUGCCUUAGCUCAAUGCAUUCCUCAUAUGUCUUCUAAAGAUUGCAUAAAUUGCCUUGAAAAUACCAUCAAAGUUUUAAACAAGUGUCGUGAUGUAUAUAGAGGUGCUAGAGUUCAAUUUCCUAAUUGUUUUAUGAGACAUGAAGUGUACCACUUCUACAAUAAUACUAAGCCACCUGCUUUGUCCCAUAAUCAAGCAUGUGUUGCAGUUGAUCUUAGUGAGAUUUUAACUGCUGAAUCAUUGCAAUAUGACUUUAGUACAAUUGAAGCUGCCACUAACUUCUUUUCUAUGGAAAACAAAAUUGGUGUAGGUGGAUUUGGUGAUGUCUAUAAGGGGGAACUUGGUAAUGGACAAGAGAUAGCUGUAAAACGGCUAUCAAGAAGGUCAAGUCAAGGUGUUGAAGAAUUUAAGAAUGAAGUUGUACUUGUCGCUAAGCUUCAACAUAGAAAUUUAGUGAGACUCUUAGGUUUUUGCUUGGAAGGAGAAGAAAAAAUACUCAUCUACGAGUUCGUGUCCAACAAAAGCCUUGACUAUUUCUUAUUUGAUACGAAGAAACAAGCAAUGUUGGAUUGGUCAGUACGUGACAAGAUUAUUAGAGCAAUAGUACGAGGAUUAGUUUAUCUUCAUGAAGAUUCUCGUCCUCGAAUCAUACAUCGUGAUCUCAAAGCAAGCAAUAUUUUGUUAGACAAAGAUAUGAACCCUAAAAUUUCAGAUUUUGGCAUGGCUAGAAUAUUUGGAGUUGACCAAAUUGAAGGAAGCACUAACAUAAUUGUUGGAACAUACGGCUACAUGUCCCCGGAGUAUGCAAUGCAUGGUCAAUUCUCAGUGAAAUCAGAUGUUUUUAGUUUUGGUGUGCUUCUUUUGGAGAUAAUAAGUGGAAAAAGAAGAAAUAAUAAAGAAGAUAAAUUUGAUGACCUGCUUGUCCAUGCAUGGAAGUUGUGGAAAGAUGGUAGAGCAAUGGAACUUGUUGAUCCAUCUCUUAUUGGUGACUCAAAUUCAAUGUCUAAAAUCAUGAGAUGUAUACAUAUUGGAUUGUUAUGUGUUCAAAUUGAUUUGGAUGGAAGACCUACAACUACUUUGAUAUCUCAUAUUCUCAGUAUUGAUUCUGCUAUUCUAUCAGAGCCAAAUCAACCAGCGUCUUUUAAAGAUUAUUCUACAUUAGGAAAUAUCGAUCAACUCAAAAGUAUUUUCAUCCCGUCAUCUAGUUUUGAGGAAUUAAUUACUGAAAUCUACCCAAGAUAG